AUGCGGGGGGACUAUCCUGCCGAUCGACUGCCGAGGGUGUGGACGAGGUCGACCGCCAUUGUCGCUAACACGAACGAUCACGAUCGAUCCGGGCAACACUGGGUCGCCUUUUACAUCGAUGAGGGACAGGAACGUAUUUUGAUAGCUAUGGCUUGCCGCCCUUGGAUCCAAGAUUCCUCUUACGACUUCGACGAAACUCCACCACGGUGGCUUCGAAGCCGGAUCUACCGGGAGGCACGGAGACUCUUGGAUGAAGAGUACAAGAGAUACCUCGGGAAGAGUCGUCCGGCCGAGGAUCGCUUACCACCACUAUCAUCCUCGUCACCACCGGCUCCGCCGGCUAAUCAGGCUAAAGUUAUACCUCCUCCGCCUCGAACACCUUCACCUCCUCAGCUACCUCCUUCUUCUCCCCCUCGAUCUCCUUCACCCGCGUUUUCGGACGCUCUUACAGAGAGAAUCUUUCCCGAUACUCCUCCACAAUCAUCCGAAUCAUCCCACCCAAUUUCCCCCAGAAGAAGUCCAUCUCCGACGAACUCCACGGAUAGCGUGGAGUUCCUAGAGGAAAUUCUUCCACCCCCACCUAGAUCCUACUUCCGGAUCCUAGAGAGUGACACCUUUGAGUCACUCAUCUUCCAAUUCCCGCGGAUUACUACCGCAUCCAUCCCUCAGGGGGCCUACAUAAUCGGCCCUCAUUAUUUCGAUCCUGAGGAAAUCCGCAAUGCUAUCACUGGUCAAGCCUCAACCUCCAGUAUCCCCGUAUUCCUCCCGAAUUCCACCCAUGCAAUCCUAGUUCCAGCAUCAAUCACUAGACCACCCCCUUGGCGCUCUUGGGUGGACAGCGGGCCUGCUCGUCGAGUAACGUCAGUCCGGGAUCCCGUAAAUCAACCACCGAAAGACAGCGACAGGAGUAGCGCUGGAAGUCCCGAACCGGCGACAGGUGGUGCACUUCACGAACACCAAAUGAUGAUAGAUGAUAUAAAGAAUUCACGAAAGAGGCGACGGAGUCCGUCACCUGAAAAUCUCCAUCAAGCGAAACGCGCGGCAUUACCCUUCGCUUCAUUCAUCCCUCUAAUUCCUGAGAUCGUACGAGGUCCAAUCCCGGGUCAAAAGGAUUAA